AUGGCGAACGAGCGAUACUUUGGCAGGGCAUGCAAAACAUGUCGUCGUCGAGGACGAGGAUGCGACCGGCGCAUGCCUUCAUGCAAUACAUGCAAGGCCAGUGGUCAGACGUGUGAGGGCUACCAGCUGCAGUGGCCAGGGCUAGCAAGCCGGGGUCAAUUUGUGGGCAAAAGCAUCCCUGUAGCUGGGACUACAAAGCGCCGGCGAACGCGCCGAGUCCAGCCACCGACAAGUUCUAGUCCACCUCCGCCUACACUUCUGGAAUCACACCAGAGUUCUGCCAACAAUGAUGGUCUGGCCGAAACUCAGCGAAUUCGAUUUGAGGAAUUGCUUGAUCCGAUGCAGCUCUUUAAGGAGAUUACGGAGGUUGAGACCCCACCCGAACCCUCAAUAUGGUACAACGACGUCUCUUCGGCUAACAACUUUGAUGAUCUUGUUGAACUUCAUUCGAAUCCCGAUACAGAAUCUCCAUCACGGGAUUAUUCUAAAGAGCUUGGAAAGUCUAUAGACUUCCGCCAUAUGCUGGGUCCAAGUCUUGACAUUUUGAGCAUCCCAGAUGAGCUCAAAUUCAUCAUGCAAUACCAUAUCUGUGAAGUUGUGCCCAAAUUAUGCGUGGACAACUUAUCUCCUCAAAAUCCCUAUCGCGAUUACAUCCUCCCUCUUGCCAUCGAGGUCCCAUCAUUACUAUACGCAUGUGCAGCGUUGGCAGCAUGCCAUUUCAACGUGCGACUCUCUACAAACCAAUUCGAACGCGAGUUCUUCCGCUUUAAGGGCAAGGCUAUGAAACGACUACAAGAAGACCUAUACUCCCAAAUCCGGGCGAAACACCCGGGUACACUUGCCACGAUACUCAUGCUUUGCUUGUGUGAUCUUUGUCAUGGAGGGAUCUCAGACUUCCAGUCACAUUUCCAGGGAGCUAAAAAGCUUAUAGAACUACGUCAGGAACGGACGGUCGGCUGCUUUGUCGAACAAUACCUAGCCUGGUAA